AUGACCAGGAAUGAGCCCGUCAGUCACAUCAGCUCUCUCGCGAGCUCUAGCAACAGCCCUGGUACUGUCAAAUCAGCGAGCACUGAGAACAUAUACUCCGCCGUUACCGUGAAACCCUCAUCGCCAUCAUCGUCCCCCUCGCCGUCGCCAUCGCAGUCUCGCUCGCAGUCACAGUCGCAGUCUCAGUCUCAGUCGCAAUCGCAGUCGCAAUCGCCAUUCUUCUUGACUGCCUCCACUACUCCCGCUCCCGCUUCCGAUUCAACCAUCUCCACUCCCAUUCCCGCUCACUCGCCUACUCCCAAUCCGGCACGAGAUGCUCUAACGCCUACUCCAUCAUCCACUGCCGCUGUUCCCAUUCCUGCUGCGACAGCUUCCCUCGCUGCCACCUCUAAUACCAAUCCCUCGACUGUCUCCUCAACGCCUCGUCGAUACCAUCCUCCUGCUCUCGGUACCGAUGGCAAUGCUUCAUUGAGCAACCAGUGGUCUCCCUUCAAGGAUGAGCCUCAGGUCUCACCAACUGCUACCACAACUACCUUUGCCUCCCGCGCCGGUGCCAAUGCUCAAUCUAAAGACCGUCGCAUGAGCGACCUUGCCAAUUAUCGACGUGAACUCUCCGUUCUCGAGACCUCCCGAGUCCCUCAAAUCCAACAAAUUCCGCCCACCGGUGGUGCGAGCCCUCAAAUAGCACCUUGGAUGAACCAGACUGGUUCCCAUUCGAACUCUUCCAACAUGCAGACCACCUUUUUCAAUGACUCGACCGACAACCUAUCUCUCGCCUCUCAGCUUUCUCCUGGUCAUCAGACUCAUAAUCGCCAACAACAACAGCAGCAGCCACAGCAGCAACAAUAUCAAUACCCCCCACACCCCUCACAGCACGAUGCUCCUGACGGAUCGUACUUUGACGGCAGACGGCCAUCGGCUGCCAGUAUCCUUACUGCGAGCAGUCAGGGCAGCAAGACUAGUAUGACCCGUGGUGGUUUUCGCAAGCUUCAGGGCUUCUUUGGCGAGGAAUUUCCUGGGCGCGAUAGCUCCGAGGGUAGCCUACCCACUUCGCUCGCCGGCAAGGACCAGCGUGGGCGCUCUUACAGUCACAGCCGCCCCACACAUAGGGAUCGCAACUAUUCCAAUGCCACGGAUUACACCCGCGAUGCUUCGCCAUCGUCUUCAAGACCAAGAACACCCGUUCCUGCGCCAGAGGUGGUGCCUUUUCUGUACCAAGAUAACAGUGACAUCGCACGAUAUGGCGAAGCUCCCGUGCGAGACAUCAUGACCGGGCCUGAUCGAGAGCGAUAUGCGGCCGACAACUCCUCACAGAUCCCUCCCAAGACAUCCUCAUCGUCAAGGUCUGGUCAUUCUAUUGUUCAUAUGCCUGGCCACCAUCGACACCAUAAGAGCAACGAUGACCCUAGGACAUUGCGGCCGACAAUGAGCAGAGAUGACACAGCCAUUGGCACGCAGUCCUCGCGCGACCGUGGGGGUAGUAGCACCACCACCGCUAUGUACUCAACGAAAUCUAGAGGACAGAGUCCGACGCCCAGCACUAGAAGUGCAGGGAUGGCUUGGAGCACGAAGUCUUCACAGAUGGACGGACAAACCUCACCAGGUCACCAUCACGGCAAGCGUGGAAUUUUUGGACGACUUAGAAGGCACCACCACAAAGACAAGGAUGAUUCUGCCCGACUUCGCGAUCUUCCCCCAUCGACAAGAUCUCUGCAGCCAAAGACCUCUAAGCCCGACCUUCAUCGCCCUAGUGAUGUAUCAACUUCUACGUUACCUCUCUCCGGGACUUUUGGGCCUGGCGAAACAAGUGAUGUCCCUGAUACACGACCAGCCACGGCGCAACGCGGAGCCACUUUUAACAAUAAGUUUCCGUUUGCCAAGAAGGGACGGCCUCACCGGCCUCAUGAUUAUGUUGAGGAAGCAAUUGGACCGACUGAUCGUGAUCGUAGCGAUCCUAAUGGCAUGUACCAUCUCGACACCAAUUUAAACGACAUGGAGGGUAUUUUGACAAAACCUCCUCCGCUCACCCCUAUGGACACUAGUUUUGUCAACAACAUCGAGCCUGAACGCCACGACUCCAUUAUUUCUACAGCACCAAAAGGUCGCUGGGAUGCUCCGGACAGUUGGGCAGUAAGGCGCAAUACUGAAGAUAAUUCUUAUAAUGGCCCUGAGCUCGACGAGAUUGGCAGCCCACCUCGACCAGAGGAGAAGGGCUCACCAUAUUGUAUUCGCAUUUUUCGUUCAGAUGGCACAUUUUCCACCCAUUCGAUGCCCCUAGAGUCGAGUGUUACCGACGUCAUCUCGCAAGUCAUUAAGAAGACGUAUGUGGUUGACGGGCUAGAAAACUACCAUAUCAUCCUUAAGAAGCAUGAUCUUAUCCGGGUUUUGACACCCCCGGAACGACCCUUGCUUAUGCAGAAGCGACUGCUGCAACAAGUCGGUUAUGAGGAAAAGGACAGAAUCGAGGACCUCGGACGUGAAGACAACAGCUACCUGUGUCGAUUCAUGUUUCUGUCAGCAAGAGAAAGUGAUUUCCACGCCAAAACCACCGACAUGGGCUUGGCCCGGGCUCAGAAGCUUAAUUAUGUAGACCUCUCCGGUCGCAACCUCGUCACAAUACCUAUAUCCCUAUACUCGAAGGCCAUGGAGAUUAUCUCUCUCAAUCUCUCGCGAAACUUAUCGCUUGACGUACCCCGGGAUUUUAUACAGUCUUGCAAGCAUCUUCGAGAUAUCAAGUUCAACAAUAACGAAGCCAGGAAGCUGCCACCCAGCUUGAGCCGAGCAAACAAACUGACGUUCUUGGAUGUUGCCAACAACAGGCUUGAGCAGUUGGAACAUGCUGAACUCAACGCUCUUACGGGUAUGCUUAAGAUGAACCUAGCAAACAACCGGCUCAAGCACUUGCCCUCUUACUUUGGCGCAUAUCACUCGCUUCGCUCGCUUAACAUUUCAUCCAACUUCCUCGACAAGUUUCCAACAUUCUUAUGCAGCCUGCCCAGUCUGGUCGAUCUCGAUCUGAGCUUCAACGCUAUUGCAACGAUCCCUCAAGAGAUCGGCGCUUUGAAGAACCUAGAAAAGUUACUGAUAACAAACAACAGACUGACCCACGCUGUCCCGUCGUCGUUUGGACAGCUUGUCAGUCUUCGUGAACUUGACAUCAAGUACAACGGUAUCUCAAGUAUCGAUGCCAUCUCGGAACUCCCGAGACUUGAAAUUCUCUCCGCCGACCACAAUUGCGUUUCUGCUUUUGUUGGACAGUUUGAGUCCCUCCGACAACUUAAACUGAACUCGAAUCCCCUUAACAAAUUUGAGAUCGUGGCCCCAGUGCCUACACUGAAGACCCUUAAUCUUUCCAACGCUCAACUGGCCAGCAUCGACUCGUCAUUCGCCAACAUGGUAAAUCUUGAGCAUUUGAUUCUAGACAAGAACUAUUUCGUUUCCUUGCCUCAGGAGAUCGGCACUUUGAGCAGGCUCGAACACUUCAGCAUCGCUAAUAAUUCAGUUGGAGAGUUGCCAGCUCAAAUUGGCUGCCUUACCGAAUUGAGAGUGCUUAACGUUCGAGGAAACAACAUAUCCAAACUACCUAUGGAGCUGUGGUGGGCAAACCGACUCGAGACCUUCAACGCCUCUUCGAACGUCUUGGAGCACUUCCCGAAGCCGGCUUCGAGAGCACCACGAGUACCGGGAGAGGAGUCUCAGCAAGCACCUCCUCCGGUCAACGGCAGAGCUGCUCCUCUCGGAACGUUGUCGGCAACUGCAAGUUCGGAAGAGCUAGCUGACGAUCGAAGACCCAGCCAAAACUCGAGCACGCUCCUUAGUGUUGGACCCUCUCCUCUGAAUCUUGGAGAUCGUAAGAGUUCCGUCGUGUCUGUUUAUGGAAAGGGCGGUCGCAAGACAUCAGUUGUGUCAAGAUCCGCUACGCCGUCUGCCCCUACACAAUCUGUGAACGCGAGAAAAGACUCUGGAAUGUCAUCCAGACUUAAUAACACAUUCGCUGGAUCACUUCGAAACCUUCAUCUUGCUGACAAUCGUCUUGAUGAUGACGUAUUUGAUGAGAUCACAUUACUUACAGAGCUUCGAGUGCUUAAUCUGUCUUACAACGAGGAGAUUAGCGAUAUGCCCCAGAGAUCGAUCAAGAGCUGGCCCCAACUUGUCGAGCUCUAUCUGUCUGGAAACGCACUCACAUCACUGCCUGCUGAUGAUUUGGAGGAGUCCAGUCUGCUUCAGGCCCUCUACAUCAACGGCAACAGGUUUACCAACUUACCAGCGGAUAUCUCCCGAGCCAGGAACCUCGCUGUUCUCGACUGUGGCAGUAAUUAUUUGAAGUACAAUAUCUCCAACGUGCCCUACGACUGGAACUGGAAUCUGAACCCCAACCUGAGAUAUCUGAAUUUGUCUGGCAACAAGCGUCUGGAAAUCAAACAGACAGCUUCAGGUCCGCUUGGGCCCGGCGCUGUCAAUCGUGAGGAGUAUACAGAUUUCAGUCGUCUGCUCAACUUGCGCAUUCUGGGUCUGAUGGAUGUAACUCUCACUCAGCCAAGCAUCCCGGACCAAAGCGAGGACAGACGUGUUCGCACGUCCGGGUCACUUGCUAACCAUCUGCCUUAUGGUAUGGCCGAUACCUUGGGCAAGCAUGAGCAUUUGUCAACGGUUGAUCUAGUGGUGCCACGAUUUAAUUCAUCAGAAACGGAGAUGCUAUUGGGUCUAUUUGAUGGCCAGGCUUUGUCUAGUGGUGGAUCAAAGAUCGCCAAGUAUCUCCACGAGAACUUCGGCCACAUCUUCACCAUCGAGCUGAAGGCAUUGAAAACACGCUCGAACGAGACACCAGUCGAUGCACUGCGGCGCUCGUUCUUGGCGCUCAACAAGGACUUGGUUACUAUCGCCAUCCAGCACUCGGAAGAACGGCCGCUUAAGACGCAUAGGGGCUCCGGUCAGCCUGUGAUACUCACCAAGGAAGAUCUCAAUUCUGGUGGUGUAGCAACCGUGGUGUACCUUCAGAGCACAGAGCUAUAUGUUGCGAACGUUGGAGAUGCACAGGCGAUGGUUAUUCAAACUGAUGGUAGUCACAAAAUGCUUACUCGCAAGCACGAUCCUGCGGAGCCCAGCGAACGAUCACGCAUUCGUGAAGCUGGUGGAUGGGUCUCUCGCAACGGAAGGCUGAACGAUCUGCUGCAGGUAUCACGCGCGUUCGGAUAUGUCGAAUUGAUGCCAGCUGUACAAGCGGCCCCUUACAUCAGUAACAUGACUAUUCGAGAGGGAGACGAUAUAAUCAUGAUCGCCACUGGCGAGCUCUGGGAGUACCUGUCGCCUGGUUUGGUAACAGAUAUUGCAAGAGCCGAGCGGCAGGAUCUUAUGCGUGCCGCGCAGAAGCUUCGCGAUCUGGCUAUUGCAUACGGCGCGUCCGGCAAGAUUAUGGUCAUGAUGAUUAGCGUUGCCGACCUUAAGAGACGAGUGGAACGAAGCAGGCUUCAUCGCGGUGCUAGUAUGUCGCUGUAUCCAAGUGGUGUCCCCGACGAUGCUCAGGUCCUCAAUAUUAGAAGGGGCCGAAGAGCCAAAGACAUGCCUGUUCUUGACUCGUCGCUUAACAGGCUCGAAGCAGAGAUCCCAGCACCUACGGGCAACGUAUCGAUCGUCUUCACCGAUAUCAAGAACUCUACCAAUCUCUGGGAGAUGUAUCCCAGUGCCAUGAGAUCAGCUAUCAAACUCCACAACGAGGUAAUGCGCCGGCAACUGCGGCGCAUUGGUGGCUACGAAGUCAAGACUGAAGGGGAUGCUUUUAUGGUAUCGUUCCCCACCGCCACGUCUGCACUUUUGUGGACGUUUGCCGUUCAGAUGUCUCUUCUUGACGUUAAUUGGCCUCAAGAAGUAUUGAAAUCACCAUCGUGCAAGCCCGUGGAAGACAAGGACAAGACCUUGAUCUUUAAGGGACUGUCGGUGCGAAUGGGUAUACACUUUGGCGACUGUGUGAGCGAGACGGAUCCAGUUACGCGACGUAUGGACUAUUUUGGACCCAUGGUUAACAAAGCCGCCCGAAUCUCCGCCGUGGCAGAUGGUGGACAAAUCACUGUCUCGACCGACUUCAUCUCUGAGAUCCAGCGAUGCCUAGAGAGUUACCAAGACACAGAUCGGGGUAAUGCCUCUGGCUCUGAGGAUACAUUCGACGAUGAGACCUACGCCAGCGCCAUCCGGAAAGAUUUGAGAUCCUUGACCUCCCAGGGCUUUGAGGUCAAGGAGAUGGGUGAAAAGAAGCUAAAAGGUCUAGAAAACCCUGAAGUUGUGUACUCUCUCUACCCUCAUGCUUUAGCUGGCCGCAUUGAAAUCCACGAGAGGAAGGAUGAGACAGGCGACAAGCCAGCUGUCCUUGCACCUGGAGGCGAACUCAGUAUCGACCCUGACGCCAUCUGGAAUCUUUGGCGUCUGAGUUUGCGUCUCGAGAUGCUUUGCAGUUCUUUGGAAGGAAACGAGGUUCCAAGUCUGCAGCCACCAGAGACCGAGCUGCUUGAAAGGAUCAAACAACGCGGAGGCGAAGUCACAGAUCGAUUCUUACUGAACUUCCUGGAGCAUCAAGUGAGCAGGAUAGAGACAUGCAUCUCAACCCUGGCGAUGCGACACCUUGCGAUCGGCAGUGGCACUAUCAAGGAACUUGAAGAUCUAAAAGGUCCAAUGUCUGACAUUCUGGACCAGUUCAUGGCCCAGACCAACGAGUUGGCACGGUACAAGAGAAGAUAUGGCGAGCUGCCCAGCUCUAGCCCUGGAAGCAGUGAAGAAGAAGACGAAGACGAAGACGACCCUGACACCGAAGAGGGUAGUGAUACAGAGCAGGAGUUGUGA